UCACCUGAAGGAAAUGGCAGAGAACGGAGGUGCCACCGCGAGCGAUGAAUCGCUGAAGAUAGCGAUAGCGGUGUCGCUUCUCCGAUCCAAGCUUCUGAGCAACACAAAGGAGCCUCGUUCGCUUUCUCCUUCGCAAUCCGACGCUCUUCUCCGGUGGAAGCGAAAGGCUAAGGAAAGAAAGCAAGAGAUUCUGAGACUCAGAGAAGAUCUGAAGGAAUCUCAAGAUGCUUCGCAGUGUGAUCUCUUCCCUGAGAGUGCUUCCUGCAAGUGCUAUUUCUUCGGAAAUUUGGGGGAAUUGAGCCCUAAUCGUCAAGGAAAUGGAUCUGAUAACAGAUUCAACGACGUCCUUCGCCGCAGAUUUCUAAGACAAGUGCGAUUUAAGGAAAGGAAGAGAAGAAUUGCUUCUUCUUCAUCUUCUUCGAGUCAGCAGCGGCUCUCUUCAGGUUUGAUUGAGGAGGAUGAAGCAGAGCAGCUUAGAGCCUCUGUUGAUUUUCUCGUGGAGCUUUGCGACUCUGUAUCACCUGUGGAUGAUUCCAAGUUUGGAAACCUGGCACAUCAAGCUGUAGACUUUAUAUUGGUUUCUUUGAAGAAUCUUCUAUCUAUAGGAAGGAACCUGGAACUUGUCGAAGGAAUUAUCAACAACCUAGUUACACAUUUGGUUAGGCAGAUGUGCAGGCUCUUGUCAGAAAAUGGCUCUCAACAAACUGGUGGCACCAAUGCUCGGUUUAGUAUUCAGCAUUUGAUCCGUAAACUUGGAAGUGAGCCCUAUAUUGGUCAGCGGGCUAUACUCUCAGUUUGCCAAAGAAUUUUGGUUCUAGCAGAACGUUUGCUUUUCUGUGAUCCUUUUGAUGAUGCCUUUCCUGACAUGCAUGAAUGUAUGUUCAUAAUGAUCCAGCUUAUUGAGUUCUUGGUGGCAGAUUACUUACUAGAUUGGUCAAAAGCUGAACAUUUUGACGACAUGCUUCUUGAAGAUUGGGUAACGUCAAUUAUCCAGGCAAGAAAAGCAUUGGAACUUCUGGAAAGCAGAAAUGGACUAUAUGUGCUCUAUAUAGACCGAGUCAUUGGGGAAUUGGCAAAACAAGUUGACGCAGUCUCAUCACUUCAGAAGCUUAAACCGGAUAUUUUUAAUUGCUUGUUUCGCUAAACAUUAAUUGAAUUGUAAGUAAUAUGCUGAUUUGUGGUCCAUAUAUGAAGCAUUGGUAUAGAUUGAAAUGUUGAAAAAUUGUGAUGUGUGAUAGUGGACCUUGAGUACAGUAGACGUACAUUACUGACCUUGAGAUUGAUACAUCUUGUAACCUGCUUACAGAACUCGAUUCCUGCUCAAGCUUCUAGAUUGCGUUAUGUCGGCAAAGUGAGUUAACUCAGCUCAUUCGAGUUGAUUAAAAAGUGAGCCAACUUAACUCGAUUGGCUGACAUCCCACAACCAAGAGUGUAUUUAUUUAC